CUCUCCGGUGAACUCGCCGAACAGCUCCGGCUGAUCCUCGAGCCCACGCUGGCGUCGCGGCUGCAGGGCGACUUUCGCACGGGUAAGCGCCUGAACAUGCGCAAGAUCAUCCCGUACAUCGCGUCCGACUUUAGGAAGGACAAGAUCUGGCUCAGGCGAUCCAGGCCGUCCCAGCGGAAGUACCAGGUGGUCCUGGCCAUCGACGACUCCAAGUCGAUGGCUGAGAACCGGUGCGGGCACCUCGCGCUCGAGUCCAUGGUCCUGCUGGCCAGGGCCAUGGCUCGGCUCGAGGUUGGAGAGAUUGGCGUCGUCGGCUUCGGAGCCGCGGGCGGGGGAGGAAACGGCAAGGAUGACCCGAGUCCCAACGCCAACGCGACCGACGCGGUGCGAACGCUGCAUCCCCUCGGAGCCCCGUUCACGGACCAGGGCGGCCCCGCUCUCGUCUCUCAGUUUACCUUUGCCGAGGAUAACACCUUGGCGGACACGCCGAUGGUCAACUUGCUCAGGUACCUGGACGCGCAGCUCGGCGCCGCGCGCGAGAACAUCCGCGGCGGGUCCGAACAGCUCCAGCAGCUCUGCCUGAUCAUCGCCGACGGUCGCUUCCACGAGAAGGAGGCGCUGCGGAGGCAGAUGCGGGAGAUGGGAUCGCGCCGCGGGUUGCUCGUCGCGUUCAUCGUCCUCGACAACCCGAGCAGCUCGGUGCUCGACAUGCAGAGCGUGACGUUCGCCUCGGGUAAGCCCGUGUUCCAGAAGUACUUGGACACGUUUCCGUUCCCGUACUACACACUGGUGCAGGACAUCAACAGGCUGCCGUCGGUCAUCUCGGACCUGCUUCGGCAGUGGUUCGAGAUC